AUGGAUUAUGCAGCUCUUUGCAUCUACUCCAAGCAGCCUCUCGGCUCUGUUUGCGGUGUUAUUUGCCCAGUUAAUCACUGCAUGUCCCGUUGCUCUCGUCAAAAGCUCGAUGCUUCCAUCAACAUUCCAGCUCUUCAGGCUGAAAUCAUCAAGCGCGCCUGCAAGGAUGGCAAAUUCUGCGAGCUCAUCAAGAAGGCUCCAUCUACAGGCAAGCACGUCGCUGUCGUUGGUGCUGGCCCAUCUGGUCUUUCAGCUGCUACAUGCCUUGCUUCUCGGGGCCACAAAGUUACAAUUUUUGAGAAGAACUCCGUUGUUGGUGGCGAUGUCCAGCAGAUUCCAAAGUACAGAUUCCCAGACGAUGUUCUUAAGAUGGAUCUUGAUUUACUCUCCAUGGUUGGUGACACAGAGAUCAAGUUAAACACUCCAUUUGAUCCAGCCAACGAAAAAGACUACGAUGCCGUUAUUUACGCCGUUGGUUCUCAAAACCAUGGCAAGCUUACAUGCCCAGGCUCCGAAUACUGCAUCUCUUCCCAAGAUUUCUUCGCCAUGAAGCCAGAAGACAUCAAGGGCAAGUCCAUCGGUAUUUCCGGAUGCGGUGGUGUUGCCGUUGAUAUUGCUCUUGCAGCCAUCAAGUCCGGCGCCUCCUGCGUCGUCAUCUUCUACCGCCGUACUUUAGAUCAAGCUCCACUUGCUCCAGAAGAGCGCGGUGUCAUGGCCUACCUCGGCGUUAACGUCGUUCCACGUGUCGGUAUCGAGAAAGUCGUCAAAGAAGAGAACGGCAAAUUAACAAUCCACUGCUGCCAGUACGAUUCCAACCUCAACGCCAUUCCAGAUACAGAUGUUACAUGGAAGGACCUCAAUAUGGUUGUUCCUGCCCUCGGCCAGCGCACAAACAUCAAAGAAGGCACCGAACAAGGCAAGAUUUUCGUUUGUGGCCAAGCUAGAGGCAAGAACACAUCCGCUGUCCAAGCCUCUGCAUCAGGAAAGAACGCAGCCUGGAGAUGCCACAACUUCCUCACAGGCCAGGAAGCUCCAAAGAUCGAUACCGACUUGAUCUCCAAUUUCACAUCCUUCGAAUACGAGCAUCGUCCAGCAGACAUCACAGCUUCAUUGGAUGGAAAGAAGACAACAAUCUCUCCAUUCAUUGCCGGCGCUUCUUCAUUCACAGACAGCAUCUACACCUGCAAGAAGUACUUGCAGAAAGGUUGGGGUGGUGUUGUCAUUGGCGUUGGAAACUUCAAGAACCAUCCAUGCUCUUACAAGAGAGGAAAACCAACAGAGUUCCACGCGCAUAACGAUGCAAAGAAGGUUCUCGAGAUGGUCCAAGAACUCAGAAAGGAGUUCGCAAACGCUAUCCUUGGUGCACAAAUCAAUGCUUCAUCUGAGACACUCGAAGAUGACUUCAAACUCCUUACAAAGGAUGUUGAUUUCGUCCAAAUUACAUGUGAUUCAACAGAUGAAUACAUGAAGGCAAAGAAACUUGGUGAGAACUCUGUCAUUGUUCUCAAUGGACAUGGCGAAUCCCCAUCAAUCCACUUCGGAGCAAAGAACAAACGUGAUGCUCUCAACGCUUUCGCACGCGGAUACUUAGUCUGUGUUCUUGAGCCAGGAGACAUCAAGAGAACAGGACAAGGCAUCGAACACCUCAACACUUCUCUUUCUUUCGCAAUCUGGAGAGAUGGAUUCAAGAACAUCAGAGAUUGGGCAAAGGAGAACGCAAACUUCGAUAUCGAGAAUAUCGGAGAGGAACCACUCAUCAACCACUUAGUCAACCCUUACACAUGCAUCGGAUGCGGAAGAUGCACAAUGUGCCCGAACGAUGCAAUCACACUUAUCCCAGCCAAGUGGGUCUACAAAGUUGAUCCAGAUAAGUGCAACGGAUGCGGCCUUUGCGAAUCUGUCUGCCCAACAAACUCUUGCGGUCUUAUCACACGUGAAAAGGCUAGAGAACUUAAUGCUAAGGCUAAGCAUUGGUAA